CUCGGCAGCCCGCGCUGCCGCCGCUCUCUCCCGCCCCCCCCGGCCCUGCCAUGCCGGGCAUGAUGGAAAAGGGAGCGGAGCUCUUGGGGGGCAGGAGCCGGGCAGCCCCCAACGGCACCAAGAGCAGCAGCCCCUCCAACGGGCACUACUCGGAGCCGGAGAGCGGCGGCGGUGGUGACAGUGGCGACGAGCACGAUGUAGGCAUGAGGGUCGGAGCGGAAUACCAGGCGCGCAUUCCUGACUUCGAGCCCGGUGCCACAAAAUAUACUGAUAAAGAUAAUGGAGGGAUGCUUGUAUGGUCUCCGUAUCAUAAUAUUCCAGAUGCCAAGUUGGAUGAAUAUAUAGCAAUAGCAAAGGAGAAACAUGGAUACAAUGUGGAACAGGCUCUCGGCAUGCUCUUCUGGCAUAAACACAAUAUUGAGAAGUCCCUUGCGGAUCUGCCCAACUUCACUCCUUUCCCCGAUGAAUGGACAGUUGAAGAUAAAGUCCUGUUUGAGCAAGCAUUUAGCUUCCAUGGAAAGAGCUUUCACAGGAUCCAGCAAAUGCUUCCAGACAAGACUAUUGCAAGCCUUGUAAAAUACUACUAUUCUUGGAAAAAAACGCGCUCUAGGACAAGUUUGAUGGAUCGACAGGCUCGGAAAUUGGCUAACAGGAAUAAUCAAGGUGACAGUGAUGAUGAUGUAGAAGAAGCUCAUCCAAUGGAUGGAAACGAUAGUGAUUAUGAUCCCAAAAAAGAAGCCAAAAAGGAGGUAACAGAUAGCUUAACGGGCAAUAAUGAGCAGCCUGUUCAGACCAGCAAAAUAGGUCUGGGUAGAAGAGAGUAUCAGAGCUUGCAGCAUCGCCACCAUUCUCAGCGUUCCAAAUGCCGUCCACCAAAAGGCAUGUACCUGACCCAGGAAGAUGUGAUAGCUGUUUCCUGUAGCCCCAAUGCAGCCAACACAAUUCUUAGACAGCUGGAUAUGGAACUAAUCUCAUUAAAGCGACAGGUUCAAAAUGCUAAGCAAGUAAACAGUGCACUUAAACAGAAAAUGGAAGGCGGGAUUGAAGAAUUCAAACCUCCUGAGUCUAAUCAGAAAAUCAAUGCCCGUUGGACCACAGAAGAGCAGCUUCUUGCAGUACAAGGUGUCCGAAAAUAUGGUAAAGAUUUUCAAGCUAUUGCAGAUGUAAUUGGCAACAAGACUGUUGGCCAAGUGAAGAACUUCUUUGUAAACUACAGGCGUCGGUUUAACUUAGAGGAGGUAUUGCAGGAAUGGGAAGCGGAACAAGGAACCCUGGCUUCUAAUGGUGAUGCUUCUGCUUUAGGGGAGGACACAAAAAAUACUUCUAAUGUGCCAUCAGGAAAGAGCACUGAUGAAGAAGAUGAGGCACAAAGCACUCCGGCCACUCAGUGUUUAGGCCCUUCACCUCCAGCACAGGCAUCUGCUCCAGCACCUACCGCUCCCAUGGCAACUUUAAAUCAGCCUCCCCCGUUACUUCGUCCGGCGCUUCCUGCUGCUCCUGCCCUCCACCGGCAGCCUCCGCCGCUCCAACAGCAGGCACGGUUCAUCCAGCCCAGGCCGACCCUAAACCAGCCUCCCCCUCCGCUCAUCCGCCCAGCUAACUCCAUGCCUCCCCGUCUAAACCCACGGCCCGUGUUAAGCACGGUUAGCGGGCAGCAGCCACCCUCGCUUAUUGGAAUUCAGACAGAAUCUCAGUCCACUCUGCACUGAAGAAAUAAAGCAGAAUUCUGCUAACUCCUGCAUUUGGAAAAUCGGAUCGGUGUACUUUUUCUUUUCUUUGGUUUUUUCCUGUUUCCAAACAAUGAAGGGGAGAAAAGAGCAAGCCUUCACAGCUACCUGACCAGUCCUACAGAGGAGCAAGCUAAUACCUACACGGGAAUGAGCACCCGUAUAAAAGUAUUUUUAUGUCAGACUUGUACAGCAGAACAAUGCCUCCAAUACAGCCCUCCUCUCUAUGAAUACCUGUUGAAGGAAGCUGACUUCUUCAGUGAAUAAAUGUUCAACACACCAAGAUUUUGUUUAACUGAUUUUUACGCUAUUUAUUUUAUUACAGGUCUUUGUAGUCGAGCAUCUAACUACAGGAAAGUAGCCUGGCAAAUCUAGGGAUAGAUAAUCUUGUAGGAGACUUAAAUGUAGCUUUGGGGGGUUUGUGUGUGUGUGUGUGUGUGUGUGUGUGAAUUUCUUGGUUUCGUUCUUUUUACCUUUUAGUGCAAAAACAAGAACGGCCUUAGGUUCUGAAGUUUUGGCCCUGUUUAGAUAACAGUAGAAGCAUUUUGCGCACCUGGAUAACGUAGAUGUUUCUUCUCUUUGUGCUUUUCCCAGAACACUUUUCCUUGUUUAAAAAAGGUACUGUCUUGUUAAACACUCCUCUGAAAGAGUAUUCUGAAGCCUCAGUGAGCUAUUGUACCAAACUUGCUAAACCUCACACGUGUUCUACUCAUGGAAGUUAACUGAAAGCAGGAAUCCAGGUUCCUGCUGCAGCAUCUCCCGUGGGCUGGGGUGGAGAGAGAGGCAGCAGCUUCCACCCCCUAGGGGGGUGACAGGAGAGGAGCCAUAUAACAAGAACCGUUAAUUUAAUUUAUUCCACUAAUUCUGCUAAUUUAAGUACAGUAGAGUUUAACUCAUCCGAGAAUGGCUGCCUGCGGUUCGUGUAUGCUAGAUCAUUGCUGCCUGCCGAAGCAUUCGUGAGGGAAGCAGGGAGGCUGGUGGUGGUAGCUGAAUAUUGCGGCGGCAGCUACCUGCUGCCAGCCCACUCUCGCUGUUAAAUCAUGCUCUGAUUUCUGCUGCUUCUGGCAGAGCUGAUUAGUCAGGUUGAAAUUAGUGUGGGGUUCUUUGCUUUGUGUUACUGACCAAGUAAAACCUGCAUUUGGGUAUUAGUGCUUCCAAAUUUUAGGAGAUUGAAAGGUUUUCUUCCCACCGCAUUCUUGUCUGAAACCUUGAGUUAUGCCCAGCGGUGUUUUGGGAGUGGGGUUUUUCAGUUCUUUGUUCAGUCUGUUUUUUCUUGUAAGUAGAUGCCUCUGCCCUCCAAGUAAACCAGGCUGCAGAUCUUGAGUUUGUAAACUGUGUGAUCUGAACCAAGCUACUGAAAAGCAUCUCAUUCUGGAGUAUGUAAUAACAUUCAUGUUGACCGCCCUACUGUUUGCAAAAUUAGUUCUGCUUAUAGCUGAAAUGGUGUUUGAAAAUCCUUUUAAAUCCAUUCUGUUAUUAACUAGAUUUGCCUUGACUGAAAUGAGACUUUAUUUGAAAGUGGAAUGUGCUCUCCCUAGGCUUUUUCACAGAUAAAUUGGAUCGUUUAAUGAUGAGUUUAGUGGCCGGCUGAGGUCUUUUUUUAUGUGUGAAGGGAAGUUCUUACAGCGUCAGAUGCUAUUCCAUUUGUAAAUUGAGUAUUAAGGUUUGAUAGCUGUCCCUGAAUUGCAGUGAAGGUAUUGACCUUUAUAGUUCAGCUCUUCAUUUGAAAAUGUUUUCAGAUGAAACUGGAGAGUUUUUUCUUUCUGAACAGCUUUCCCUGCUGUGCUGAGGUCUCGUACAAAAGGUCCUUAGACGUUUUCUUUUGCAUCAGAGUAGAAGCUUAGCCACUACGUGAGCAUCAGAUGGCCAAGAGAAGCAGCACUGUACAACAAGCACUGAGGAAUUCAGGGUCACUGCAGCUUGUGUUCUGGGAGUCAUAAGUGUCUCCUUGUUAGCUACACAAAGCUGGCUGCUCUUCACAACCAGUCUGCUUCGUUUCGCCAUCCUUAGUAUCUCAGUUUAACUGUUAAGAGUGAUAAGAUACAUCGUCAAGUUUUCUUCUCUUAUUUUGUCUGCCUUUCUUUUUAGCAUUGAGUCUCCCAGGUGUGUGUCUUGUACCUUUGCUGAUUUUUGUCUCGUCUCGUCGAUAGACUUCAGUAUGCAGAACGUUGGGUGUUGCAGGAGCAGUUGGCCACCACCAGCUGCUCCAGAACUGUUCAGUACCUUGUGAUUCCGUUUAAUCUUGUUUAACUAUUCGAUGACUGGGCAAAGGUGCUGUAUUUGACGGGGGGAGGGAGGGUCAGAGAUAGGUAGUAUUUCUUAAUUUCCAUACACUGUAGCACACAGUAGGGAACUCCUAGCAUUUGUAGUACCAAGUAAGUAUGUACAUAGCAAAAUGUCUUUAUUGUGUGCUUUGCAGAAUAUGUGCAUACAGUUUGCACGUCCUGUUUUUUUUUGGGGGGGGGGGGGGUAGGUUUGUUUUAAGCAGUGUCUGCCUGGAGAGUGAUAUGCUUGCUGCUUAAUCAAAGGAUUAAAGUUUCAAAGAAAUCUGUGUCUUCUAUUUUUAUGUACCUUGUAAUGGUCUAAUAUGUUAGGGCCCUUAUACUGUGAUUCUCUUCUAAAUUCAUUUCUAUUUUUUUAAGAAUUAGAAAUAAAAUUAUACAAUGGUGUUGA